CAAACUUUACGCACCUGCCGCGGUUCCGCUCCUCUGCGGGUCCGGACUCUGGCCCGGCCGGUCCCAUUCGGUGCAGAUCAGACCGGAUUAUCGGUUCGUCGAGGCACCCUCCUCCGGUCCCCGGUGCAUCUGGGUCGCGGUGCCGGGUUCUUGCAGGGACCCGGUCCGACUUGGACGGCCUCCAUUCCCGUUUCCGCAUUCCCGCAGCCGCCGUGCGCACUGCGGGCGCGGGGCUCGGAUCCGUGAGCUCAACAGAAAAAAACCGGUCGGUCCGGCUGAUCCGGCCCGUGCUGCAGUAUGUUCCCCGGUGGAGGCGGAGGGGGGCGGCGGAGGACCGAGCGGGACACAGCGGGCCGACACGGGCCGUCUUCAGCGGACUGACGCGUCCUAUCCGCCGGGGUUCGCGGCUCCUUGGUGCCGGGGAUGGAGGGCUGCUGUCGGACCUGUAUGCCGUGCUGUAGCCGGCUCUGGAACUGGAUCUGGCCGGACUUCCGGUACCCCUCCGUGCCCAACAGUAACCAUGUCAUCGCCAACCCGGCGGCGCAGGCGGCGGAGAUCCGCACCGUGUCCGGGGACAUCCGCCCGUCGCCCAAGAAGCGGCCGGUGCAGCUGUACGCGGCGCUCUUCGACUUCGAGGCCCGAAGCGACCACGAGCUGUCGGUGAAGGAGGGGGACAAGCUGUCGGUGAUCGAGAAGCGGGGGGAGUACGUCCUGGCCAAGAAGCUGACCGGGUCCCUGGAGUCCGGACUCAUCCCGGCCAACUACGUGGCUCUGCUCCAGGACGAGUUCGCCAAACACAAGUGGUACUAUGGGAACAUAAACCGGGUCAAGGCUGAGAAGUUGCUGCUGGCGUCCCAAAACAAAGAUGGCUCCUUCCUGGUCCGCAUCAGUGAAGACAGCGACGAGUACACCAUCUCUGGUGAUCCGGAGUGAGGGAAGGUGUUCCACUUCCGCAUCCAGCGCUCCGCCAUCGGCGCCUACUUCGUCUCAGAUAAGAUCUCCUUCGCCACGUUGGGAGAGCUGAUCGCGUACUACCAGAAACCGCGGAGCCUGGGGGUGAUCCUGGACGAACCCUGUGCCCAGCAGAGGGAGCUGUUCGACAUGGAGCCGUGGGAACGGCCCAGAGAAGAGUUCAAACUCACCAGGAAGUUGGGGGAGGGGCACUUCGGUGAGGUGUGGGAGGCGGCGUGGACGACCGAGAACCGCAAAGUGGCCAUUAAGAUGCUGAAACAAGAGGACACGAAGCAGGAUGAGUUUGUGAAGGAGGUCCAGGCUCUGAAGAACCUCCAUCAUCCAAAGCUGAUUCAGCUCUUGGCCAUGUGUUCUAGAGGAGAACCUGUUUACAUCGUCACCGAGCUCAUGAGCAAAGGCAGCCUCAAGUCCUACCUGUCAUCGGCUGAGGCCCAGGUGCUGACGUCGGCCCAUCUCAUCUACAUGGGCAGUCAGGUGGCCGAGGGCAUGGCCUACCUGGAGGACCGCAACAUCGUCCACAGAGACCUGGCCGCCAGAAAUAUCCUGGUGGGAGACGACCUGGUGUGUAAGGUGGCCGACUUCGGACUGGCCCGGAUCAUCAAGGACAGCGUCUACACCGCCAGUCGAAACACAAAGAUCCCGGUGCGAUGGACGGCGCCGGAGGCCGCCCUCUACCAGCGCUUCUCCGUCAAAUCAGACGUGUGGUCGUUCGGCGUGUUGUUGUAUGAGAUGAUGUCCAGAGGAAAGAUGCCGUAUGAAGGUAAAAGUAAUAAGGAGGUGUUGGACCUGCUGUCCUCUGGGUUCCGUCUGCCGUGUCCCACCCGCUGUCCUCCAAACAUCUACCGCAUCAUGAUGGAGUGUUGGACAGCCGAGCCGUCCAAGAGACCGUCCUUCCACGCCCUCCACAGCCAGCUGGACGCCAUCUACGCCAAGAUCUACUACAAGACCAUCGAGGUGUAGGAGGAGGAGGAGGGACACGUCCUCCUGUGAGUGGACGACAGGGUACAUGGACU